UGAAAUUCUCCCGAAACCUUCACGGCUCAUCUUCUUCUUGCCACGUGUCCUCUUUCUAUCCUCUCCUUCCAUUCAUCUCUUAAACACUUCCUUCUUCCACUGUUUUGUUUGUCUUCUGCUUCUGUCACUCUUCCAACUUCAUUCUUCUGUCACAGCAAACUACUCAUGCUCCAUGAAAGCUAGGGUUCACCCUUGAUCCUUACUCUUUCUUUCUUUCUUCAAAUUCUACCUUCAUUCACUCACCGAUCCAUGGCUUUCUCUACUUUGCCCCUACCUGAGCUCAAGUUUCUUGCACCGCAAAUUACUCCCAAGCGUCGAGUUGCUCUCUCUAGAUUCUCUUCUUGCUCUUCCGUUUCGAGGACCUCACGAUACAAUGUUGCUCUUCGCAUGCGAAUUCGCGCUGUCAUCGAAGAAGGUGCUUUGGCGGGAAGAGAGGCCAGUGAUGCGAAGUGGAGUGGGAAUGGAGCUGCUUCAAGCGUUGGUAGCGACUACGGUAGUAGCAAUGGGUACUACAUGAAUGGCGGCGUCGGCGUGGUGGAGAAUGGGAAUGGAGCUGCCAGUGAAAGGUUGGUCAAGUACGUGAAUGGCAAUGGUGCUGUGGCGGCGGAAGCGGAGGUGACACUGGUGUUGGAAGAUUCCGGUGAAAUGGAAUCGAAGCGGAAGGAGGAUGGGAGGAAGAAGAGGUUGGAGGAGAUUGGCAAGGAAGAUGCUUGGUUCAAGCAAACCGGGAAUGAACCGGUUGAGGUAGCAGUUACGCCUGGAGGUCGUUGGAGCAGGUUCAAGACUUACUCAACAAUACAGAGAACGUUGGAAAUUUGGGGGUUUGUUUUCACCUUCAUCUUCAAGGCUUGGCUCAAUAAUCAGAAAUUCACUUAUAAAGGUGGAAUGACUGAGGAAAAGAAAACCUUAAGGCGGAAAGACCUUGCCAAGUGGCUUAAGGAGAGCAUUCUGAGAUUAGGUCCUACAUUCAUCAAAAUCGGCCAGCAAUUCUCCACGAGGGUGGAUAUCCUUCCCCAAGAAUAUGUUGACCAGUUGUCAGAACUUCAGGAUCAAGUUCCUCCAUUCCCCUCAGAGACUGCAAUAGCUAUUGUUGAAGAGGAGCUUGGAGCUCCUAUAAAGAGCAUCUUUGAUCAGUUUGACUAUGAACCGAUAGCUGCUGCAAGUCUUGGUCAGGUUCAUCGUGCAAGGUUAAAGGGACAGGAGGUUGUUGUUAAAGUGCAAAGGCCUGGUCUCAAGGAUCUUUUUGAUAUUGAUCUUAAAAAUCUGAGGGUUAUAGCUGAGUAUCUUCAAAAAGUUGAUCCUAAAUCAGAUGGUGCAAAGAGGGACUGGGUUGCUAUUUAUGACGAGUGUGCAUCCGUUUUAUAUCAGGAGAUUGAUUACACGAAGGAAGCUGCUAAUGCAGAACUGUUUGCAAAUAACUUUAAGAACAUGGAUUAUGUGAAAGUCCCUACAAUCAUUUGGGAUUAUACCACACCACAGAUGCUUACAAUGGAGUAUGUUCCAGGGAUUAAAAUAAACAAAAUACAAGCAUUAGAUCAGCUGGGUGUUGACCGAAAAAGGUUAGGGCGAUAUGCUGUUGAGUCUUACUUGGAGCAGAUUCUAUCUCAUGGAUUCUUCCAUGCUGACCCUCAUCCUGGAAAUAUUGCAGUGGAUGAUGUUAAUGGCGGAAGGUUGAUCUUCUAUGAUUUUGGAAUGAUGGGAAGUAUCAGUCCAAAUAUCCGGGAAGGAUUACUGGAAGCUUUCUACGGGGUUUAUGAGAAGGAUCCAGACAAGGUCCUUCAAGCAAUGAUUCAAAUGGGUGUCCUUGUCCCAACUGGAGAUAUGACUGCUGUGAGAAGAACAGCACAGUUCUUCCUCAAUAGUUAAGUUUUUUAGCCUUAUAUCUUUUUUUACUACAUAUGUCUAGCUGCACAAAGGAGAGAGAGAGAGAUGGCAACAGCUGAACUUGGAUUCAAAAAGCCGUUAAGCAAGGAGGAAAAAGUAAUGAAGAAGAAAGAGCGUCUGGCUGCCAUUGGUGAAGAUUUAUUAUCCAUUGCAGCAGACCAGCCCUUCCGCUUUCCUGCUACAUUCACAUUUGUUGUUAGAGCCUUCUCAGUUUUGGAUGGUAUUGGAAAGGGCCUUGACCCACGUUUUGAUAUUACCGAGAUUGCCAAACCUUAUGCCAUGGAGUUGCUAAGAUUCCGUGAGGCAGGAGUUGAAGUUGUCCUAAAGGAUUUCAGAAAGAGAUGGGGAAGACAAUCUCAAGCAUUUUACAACUUAUUUAGACAGGCUGACAGGGUUGAAAGACUCGCAGAAAUUAUCCAAAAAUUGGAGCAAGGUGAUCUAAAGCUUCGAGUUCGAGCUUUAGAAUCUGAGAGGGCAUUCCAACGUGUGGCCGCUGUACAGAAGACAAUAGGCAAUGCGGUAGCUGCUGGGAGCCUAGUAAAUCUUGCAACAAUUCUGUAUCUCAAUGCGAUUAGGGUGCCUGCCAUGAUGGCGUAUGGCUUUUGUGCAAUCUUUGCUUUCCAAGUUCUCUUUGGCAUUGUGAAGAUUAAGAAGUUAGAUGAACGGGAACGGUUGAUUACAGGGACUGCUUAAACAACUCCCAGGUAACAUUAUUCACAUUUUACUCCUAAAACCCACAACCGGGGCUUAGUAGUUGGGAAUUAGAGCAUUAAAUGGAUGGAUUAGGAGGUCCGAGCAAUAACCAACAUCUUCAAACAAUUAUGCUGGACGCUUCUUCUGUCAAUUGAUUACUUCGCUCGAAGGAUUGGGACUCUUUUUAGCUAAUCGGCUAGCCACAUUUUUGUCAUUAAUAUGACACUCCCACUUCCAUUGAUAUUACACUCCCACUUCCAUCCCCUUCAAUAAUGUAUUCUCAAUGACAGUGUGUCACUGAGGUUCUUUCAUAUAUAUAUUCGUACAGUAAAAUUUAUAGAUAUUAGUGUAGGCCUUCUUAUUGUAAAUUUGUAAUAACCAUAAUGUAUGAUGCACACGAUGCAGCGUGCAGCCUCCAACAGAGUUUGACUGUGAGUACUGAGAAGCUUUUCUUGUAACACUGAGUACAUAAAUUUUGUUUAACAAAGAUACAAAAGUAAGUACAUGUGAUCCAUAUAUUUAGGUUUCA